ACACUCGCUGACAGGGAAGGCAGCAGGACCGUGUUCGCUGGGGGGUGACUCCGUGUCCCCGCUCCCCACCCCCGCGGGCGGGGCGGGGCGGGGCGGGUCCGGCCCCUCUGCUAAGGGCAUUGGCCACUGGGGGUGCCGGAGGAGGCAGUUUUCCAUUCCUGCCGAGUGAGCCGAGCCAGCGAGGAUCCAGCACGCGCCAUGCUGCGGGGCGCCCGGCGGCUGCUCCCACCCCAGCUGCGAGGCCGAGAGCUCGCCUUACCCCGCCGGGCGCGCCCCCUUAGCACUGCGGGGCGGGAAGAAAAGCCAUCUUCUUUCUUGGGAACUAAAUGGAAAGAUACAGCAGAGACAGUGAUUAUUGGAGGUGGUUGCAUUGGUGUAAGUCUUGCUUACCACCUGGCCAAGGCUGGCAUGAAGGAUGUCAUUCUGCUCGAAAAAUCUGAACUGACAGCUGGAUCUACUUGGCAUGCAGCUGGGUUAACAACUUACUUUCAUCCUGGAAUAAAUCUGAAGAAAAUCCAUUACUACAGCAUCAAACUCUAUGAAAAAUUGGAGGAGGAAACUGGACAGGCUGUGGGAUUUCAUCAGCCAGGCAGCAUCAGAAUUGCUUCCACCCCUACUAGAGUGGAUGAAUUCAAGUACCAAAUGACACGAGCUCGUUGGCAUCCAACAGAGCAGUAUCUUAUUGGGCCUGAGAGAAUACAAGAGCUGUUUCCCAUAUUGAACAUGGAAAAGGUUUUAGCUGGCCUGUAUAACCCUGGAGAUGGUCAUAUUGAUCCCUAUUCUCUCACUAUGGCCUUGGCUGCAGGAGCCAGGAAAUAUGGUGCCCUGUUAAAUUACCCAGUCCAAGUGACAAAUCUGAGCCCUAGAUCAGAUGGGACCUGGGAAGUUGAAACUCCACAUGGAAUAAUUAGAACAAACAGAAUUGUGAAUACAGCAGGCUUCUGGGCUCGUGAAAUAGGCACAAUGAUUGGACUGCACCAUCCCCUCAUACCUGUUCAUCAUCAGUAUGUUGUCACAUCAACUAUCCCUGAAGUGAAAGCCCUGAAAAUGGAAUUGCCUGUGCUUCGUGACUUAGAAGGAUCAUAUUAUCUAAGACAGGAAAGGGAUGGGCUUUUAUUUGGUCCAUAUGAAAGUCAGGAGAAAAUGAAACUACAGGAGUCAUGGGUAACAAAUGGAGUCCCACCAGGGUUUUGGAAGGAACUUUUUGAGUCUGAUUUAGACAGAAUAAUGGAUCAUAUUGAGGCUGCAAUGGCAAUGGUGCCAGUCCUGAAACAAGCAGACAUCAUUAACACAGUUGCUGGUCCUAUCACAUAUUCUCCAGACAUUCUUCCUAUGGUUGGACCGCAUCAGGGUGUCAGAAAUUACUGGGUAGCAAUUGGCUUUGGAUAUGGCAUUAUCCAUGCUGGAGGUGUCGGAAAGUAUCUCAGUGAUUGGAUCCUAGAUGGGGAGCCUCCUUUUGACCUGAUAGAAUUAGAUCCCAAUCGCUAUGGAAAAUGGUCCACCACCCAAUAAGCAACAAAAGCAAGAGAGUCUUAUGGAUUUAACAACAUUGUUGGUUAUCCUAAAGAAGAAAGGUUUGCUGCGAGACCUACAGAGAGAAUCAGUGGGCUUUAUGAAGUGCUUAAAUCUAAAUGCUCAAUGGGUUUCCAUGCAGGAUGGGAGCAACCUCAUUGGUUCUACAAGCCUGGAGAUGAGAUUGGAUACAAACCCAGUUUUCGGCGCACAAACUGGUUUGAACCUGUGGGUCGUGAAUAUAAGCAGGUUAUGGAAAAAGUUGGUGUGAUUGACCUGACACCAUUUGGCAAGUUUAUUGUCAAAGGGAAUGAUUCAGUUAAACUGUUGGAUCACCUGUUUGCAAAUGUCAUUCCAAAGGUGGGUGCUACAAAUAUAAGUCACAUGUUAACACCGAGAGGCCAAGUCUAUGCUGAGCUAACCGUCUCUCACCUAUCUCCAGGGGAGUUUUUGCUGGUAACUGGUUCUGGGUCAGAGCUCCAUGAUCUGAGAUGGAUAGAAGAGGAGGCACUGAAGGGUGGAUACAAUGUUGAGAUUAAAAACAUUACAGAUGAGAUGGGAGUACUUGGCAUAGCAGGUCCAUUUGCACGAAAGGUUCUCCAGAAACUGACCAUUGAGGAUCUUAGCGAUUCUGCAUUUAAAUUUCUUCAGUCCAGACAUAUUAAACUUUCUGAUAUUGCUGCUACUGCUAUUAGGAUAUCCUAUUCAGGUGAACUGGGUUGGGAACUCUACCACAGAAAAGAAGAUUCUGCAACUCUGUACAAUGUUAUCAUGGAAGCAGGCCAGGAAGAAGGAAUCGAUGACUUUGGAACUUAUGCUCUGAAUGCCUUAAGGCUGGAAAAAGCUUUCCGGGCCUGGGGAGCAGAGAUGAACUGUGACACUAAUCCUCUGGAAGCUGGACUGGACUAUUUUAUCAAGUUGAACAAGCCAGCAGACUUCAUAGGAAAGCAAGCACUGAAGCAGAUUAAAGAAAAGGGGCUUAAACGGCGACUGGUAUAUCUCACCUUCGAAACAGCUAAUGUUGAUCCAGAGGGAAAUGAAAGUGUGUGGCAUAAUGGCAGAGUUGUUGGCAACACCACAUCUGGAAAUUACAGCUACAGUACCCAGCAGAGUCUGGCUUUUGCAUAUGUCCCCACAGAACUCAGCAAAGUUGGACAGAAGCUGGAAGUCGAACUGCUAGGAAAAAAUUAUUCAGCAACCAUUGUAGAGGAACCACUGGUUCUGACUGAACAAACAAGAACACGUCUUCAGAAAAAGGGUGGGAGUGCCAAGGUGUAAACCCAGAGGGAAGUUACAGUAAAUUCUCCAAUAUCAAUUAGUUUGACUUAUAACCAUGAAAUACAAGUUUCAGAGUGGUAGCUUGUGGCACCUUAGAUACUAACAAAUUUAUUUGG